AUGCAAAGUUCUACUUACUUCCACACAGAACACAGAGUUCCCAGGCUAGUGAACGGUUUCCGCCAGUGUUCUGGGAGAGUGGAGGUGGAACAUGGGAUCACCUGGGACACAGUGUGCAACGCCACAUUUGACUGGCAGGAUGCAGAGGUUGUGUGUCGAGAACUGGACUGUGGGGCUCCUGUAGAGGUGCUGGGAGCAGCUGCAUUUGGAGAGGGAGAGGGCCAGGUGUGGUCAGAGGAGAUCCAGUGUGGAGGGAACGAGACUCAGAUUCACCUCUGCCCAACUUCUCCUAUGAACCACAGCUGCUCACACAAGCAUGAUGUUGGAUUAGUUUGUGAAGAACACAGAGUUCCCAGGCUAGUGAACGGUUUCCACCAGUGUUCUGGGAGAGUGGAGGUGGAACAUGGGAUCACCUGGGACACAGUGUGCAACGACACAUUUGACUGGCAGGAUGCAGAGGUUGUGUGUCGAGAACUGGACUGUGGGGCUCCUGUAGAGGUGCUGGGAGCAGCUGCAUUUGGAGAGGGAGAGGGCCAGGUGUGGUCAGAGGAGAUCCAGUGUGGAGGGAACGAGACUCAGAUUCACCUCUGCCCAACUUCUCCUAUGAACCACAGCUGCUCACACAAGCAUGAUGUUGGAUUAGUUUGUGAAGAACACAGAGUUCCCAGGCUAGUGAACGGUUUCCACCAGUGUUCUGGGAGAGUGGAGGUGGAACAUGGGAUCACCUGGGACACAGUGUGCAACGCCACAUUUGACUGGCAGGAUGCAGAGGUUGUGUGUCGAGAACUGGACUGUGGGGCUCCUGUAGAGGUGCUGGGAGCAGCUGCAUUUGGAGAGGGAGAGGGCCAGGUGUGGUCAGAGGAGAUCCAGUGUGGAGGGAACGAGACUCAGAUUCACCUCUGCCCAACUUCUCCUAUGAACCACAGCUGCUCACACAAGCAUGAUGUUGGAUUAGUUUGUGAAGGUAAUCAAAGGCUGAGAUUGAGGUUGAUGGAUGGGCCCAGUCGCUGUUCUGGUAGACUGGAGGUUUAUCAUGAAGGAGAGUGGGGCACAGUGUGUGAUGCUUAUUGGGACCACUUUGAUACAGCAGUUGUGUGUAAAGAGUUGGGCUGUGGUGAUGCUGUAGAUUUCUUGUCAGAUGCCCACUUUGGAAGGGGAGCAGGGAGAAUCUUGAUGGCUGAGGUUGGCUGUGUGGGAUGGGAAACCAGACUAAAGAACUGCUUUCAUAAGGGAUUGGAUGAGCACACAUGCCAGCCUAAAGACAAUGUUGGAGUCACCUGCUCAGAACACAGAGUUCCCAGGCUAGUGAACGGUUUCCACCAGUGUUCUGGGAGAGUGGAGGUGGAACAUGGGAUCACCUGGGGAACAGUGUGCAACGCCACAUUUGACUGGCAGGAUGCAGAGGUUGUGUGUCGUGAACUGGACUGUGGGGCUCCUGUCGAGGUGCUGGGAGCAGCUGCAUUUGGAGAGGGAGAGGGCCAGGUGUGGUCAGAGGAGAUCCAGUGUGGAGGCAACGAGACUCAGAUUCAACUCUGCCCAACUUCCCCUAUGAACCACAGAUGCUCCCAUGCUAAGGAUGUAGGACUUCUGUGUUCUGGAUAUACUGAUGCCAGACUGGCCAAUGGCAGUGACUCCUGCUCAGGCCGAGUAGAGCUCAAGUACCUUAGAGAGUGGGGCACAGUGUGUGAUGCAUCCUGGGAUAUGAGGGCCUCCAGCGUGCUCUGCCACCAGCUGAAGUGUGGGAGUGCUGUGGCUGUUGUAGGGGCAGAGCGGUUUGGCUCUCAGCCAGUCAGGUUGACAGGAUCUGGAGGAGACUGUGCUGGCAGGCUGGAGGUUCUCCAUAACGGCUCGUGGGGGACUGUGUGCGACGACUCCUGGGACAUGCAGGAUGCCCAGGUAGUGUGCAGACAGAUGCAGUGUGGCACAGCCCUCAGUGCUGAGGUCCCUGCAUCCGUUCCCCCAGGAGAUCUGCCCAUCUGGCUGAGCGAGGUGAACUGCACAGGAGAUGAGACGAGCCUGUGGGAGUGUCCCCCAGCAGAGUGGGGGCGGCACGACUGCUCGCACAAAGAGGAUGUGUGGGUCAUGUGCUCAGAGUUCAUUCAGCUGAGACAAAACACAGAGCGCCAUGGAACGUGUUCAGGUGUAAUAGAGGUGUACUACAACGCCACCUGGGGGAACAUAUGCUUCAGUGACAUGGAUAAAAGCACAGGCUCAGUCAUUUGCCAUCAGUUAGGCUGUGGACGUUAUAUGAAGACCCAUACAGAGACACCAACUAAAGCCCAGCAACUGAGCCCUCCACGGUGUAGGAAGCACGACACACACCUUGAGCAGUGCAGACCUUUUCAGUGGAGAACAGACUGCAGCACGGUUGCUGAUCUAGAGUGUAAAGACACAGGAACUGGAACAAACCCUCAUAUCAUACACAAAGAGUCAGUUAAGAAAUGCCCAGUGUCUCCAGAGCUGAGGCUGGUGGGGGGUCCCACUCGCUGCUCAGGGAGGGUGGAGGUGCUCCUGCAGGGAGAGUGGGGGACGGUGUGUGACGACUCCUGGGACAAGAGGGACGCCCAGGUGGUCUGCAGGCAGCUGGACUGUGGGGAGCCUGUGCGUGAAGGGGGGGAGCAGGGCUCAUUUGGAAAGGGGAACGGCCCCAUCUGGCUGGACGAGGUGAACUGCACAGGCCAUGAGCACCACCUGUGGGAGUGCUGCCGCGCCCCUCUGAAUCAGAGUGACUGCAUCCAUAAGGAGGACGCCUGGGUCACCUGCACAGAGCCUCCCACCACCCCUCCUCCAGUCACCUCUGGGAGAACCACCACCCCUCCAUGUGAGCCUGCAGGGCUUCCUGUCUCUCCAGCGGCUGCAGCCACUCUGGGGCUCCUGCUCCUGCUGCUGCUGGGCUCACUGGCGGUGCUGUUGGGGCAGAACAGGGCACUGAGGAGAGCUCUCUCUAAAAGGCAACACGUAGAGCUGAGUGAAGCUGUCUAUGAGGAGCUGGACCACAGACUGACCAAAGCCGGUUCCUCCAGAGGUCGUCAUAGAGGAUCAUACAAACUGGUACCCCCCACAUGCCACAAAGCUGGGUUUGGACGCCUCCAAUCUGACGCUGAAAAUUCCUGCUGCGUGUAG